GCAGUUUGCAGUUGUCAAACGUUUGUCAAACGCUGUUGUCAAACGUCAGACGUCAGUAUGUUAGUUAUAUAUCUUCUCAUCUUCAUUUAAUGUUUUAAAUGUUUUUCUUCUUUUUCCUAAAAUUAAAUCUUUCCAUCUGUCUCUAGAAAUUUAAUAAUUUAAGGAUUGUUCUUGAAAAAUAAAUACGCAUGAGAUAGAAUCUGAUAUACAUCGGUACAUCGACAAUGGAUGAUCAAGAAGUGACCUUUAUGUUCCAGUUUGGAUUUAUUCGUGAUGCAAUUACAGUGCCACAGUCUACCUUAAAUCUUAAGACAAUUAAAGAUCUGGCCUGUGAUUUUCUUAACACCAAGAUUCCGGACCAUGGAAUCAACAAGCUUCAAGACAGACUUUUGCUUUUUAAACAUGAGUACAAUUCAAAUAAUAUUCUACACUUGAUAAAUUCAGCUUCAGAUAUAGUUGAUGAGACAUUAAUAGAGAUAGUUUUGACUGCAAAAGUUCCCACAACACAACUUUCUUCUGAUACAAUUAUAGUCCGACCACAUGCCUUAAAUGUACAUAGUUAUAAAACACCAACCUUUUGUGACUUUUGUGGAGAAAUGCUGUUUGGACUUGUGAGACAGGGCUUGAAAUGUGAUGGAUGCGGUCAAAACUAUCACAAAAGGUGUGUAGUUAAGGUGCCAAAUAACUGUUCAUAUUCUCUUUAUGAUAGCAACAAAACAGAACGUAGGAAAUCAGCCAAUUUGCUUGUACCUAGAAGUCCAUCUGGAGGCAGUAAUUCUUCUUUGGCUUCUGCAAACUCAACACAAACUGAAGAUAGCGGAUUGAACUCCCAACAGACUCACAACAGAUCACCAUCACUUGGUGGUAGGUCAUGCACAGUGCGUAUACCACAUACUUUUGUCAUUCACUCCUAUACCAGACCUACUGUGUGCCAAUACUGCAAAAAACUGUUAAAAGGCCUGUUCAAACAAGGUCUUCAAUGCAAAGAUUGCAACUAUAACGUGCACAAGAAAUGCCUGGAGAAAGUACCUAAAGAUUGUACAGGGGAGCUACCGAGAGACUCUGCAGUACACUUUGAGUAUGCAGAAAGCUCGGGUAGUGAAGGUACCGCAAAUUUAGCUACUGAAGAUGAAGUGGAACAAGAAAAGAACAUUUCUUACAGUCAGGAGAAUGGGGACAGCAAAUUUACAGAAGUCAUUCCUGUGCAUGACGAUGACAACGAGUAUUCUCAUUCAACGUGCAGUUCAUCUUCCUCUCCAAGUGCCAACAUACCCCUACAACGAAUAGUCCAGUCUGUCAAGCACACAAAACGACGGGGUUCUAAAAUAAUCAAGGAAGGUUGGCUGGUACAUUUCACGAACAAAGAUAGAAGUGUUAGGAGACAUUACUGGAGAUUGGAUACCAAAUCGAUUGUUCUAUUCCAAAGUGACACCAGCACAAAAUACUAUAAGGAAAUACCUUUGUCAGAGAUUUUAACCAUUGAUACUGCAAGAAUUAAACAAGGAGAUGUGAUGCACUGUUUCGAGAUUCGUACAGCAAACGUGGACUAUUUUGUUGGUCAAGACCCUCUGUAUGACCUUCAGGAUGGCAACAGUGUCAACCUUCCGCCACCAGAUAGCGGUAUAGGCGCGUACCUGGCCAAAAGUUGGGAGACCACUAUUAGACAGGCGCUUUUGCCAGUUACAGCGAAUUCUGGAAAACAAGAAGAAGGCCCGGCUCAAAGUGAAGAGCAAAUAACCGACAUGAGUCAGAUUUACCAGAUCUACCCUGACGAAGUUUUGGGUUCUGGGCAGUUUGGAAUUGUGUAUGGAGGUGUCCAUAGGAGGACCUCUCGGCCUGUUGCUAUUAAGGUAAUUGAUAAACUAAGGUUUCCCACAAAACAAGAGGCUCAAUUGAAGAACGAAGUGGCAAUAUUGCAAAAUCUCUCAAAUCCAGGCGUAGUGAACUUGGAGCGCAUGUUUGAAACACCAGAAAGAAUUUUCGUGGUCAUGGAAAAACUCAAAGGCGACAUGCUGGAGAUGAUAUUAUCCCACGACAAGGGAAGACUUACAGAAAGAGUUACCAAGUUUUUGAUUACACAGAUUUUGGUCGCGUUGAAACACCUGCACAGCAAGAACAUUGUGCACUGCGAUUUGAAACCUGAAAACGUUCUCUUGAACUCCGAUUCCGAAUAUCCUCAAGUCAAACUGUGCGACUUCGGGUUUGCUCGUAUCAUUGGAGAGAAAUCUUUCAGGAGAUCGGUCGUCGGAACCCCAGCCUACUUAGCGCCCGAAGUAUUGAGAAACAAAGGAUAUAACCGAUCUUUGGAUAUGUGGAGCGUGGGCGUUAUAGUUUACGUCAGCCUAAGCGGUACAUUCCCCUUCAAUGAAGACGAAGAUAUCAAUGACCAGAUACAGAACGCGGCCUUCAUGUACCCUCCCAACCCUUGGAAAGAAAUCUCAUCUGAUGCUAUCGACCUUAUCAAUAAUUUGCUUCAAGUUAAACAGAGGAAGAGGUACACUGUUGAUAAAAGUCUGCAGCACAUUUGGUUACAAGAUUAUCAAACGUGGUGUGAUCUGAGAACCUUGGAGAACCAAAUGUCUGUGAGAUACAUCACUCACGAAUCGGACGAUGCCAGGUGGGAAAAAUUUUCUUACAGUGGCGAAAUACCCAUAGGAUUUUUUGGAGAGAUGAAUUCGCCACAAAGGUAUAGAUCAGAACAAUGACGGGAUAAAAAAUGGUUUCACAACGUGAAAAGGUGUCUGGUAGGCAUUAAGUCCUGAAAGGAAUACUUUCCCAAUGGUCCAGUUUUUUUUUGAGGAUAAAACUGGCUGUGAUUUUGAUUUAUUUCCACCCUACGACGCCGACGGCUGGACUACAUACAGGUCGAGUAAUUUUUGAUGGUUAUUUUGAGGAAAAACGAUUGAAACCGAGAAAUAAAAUAGAGUAAUAGUAACAAAGUAAAUUAAGUAGUUUAAAUGUAGCGUACAUUUGAACUACUAAUCCUGGCUCUUAUAUUCUUUAUACACGUUGAGUAAUUUUAGAGUGUUAAUCUUUGAAUAAAAGGAUUAGGGAAGAAGUAUAAUGCUUUCCAUUAUUCAUGCAUGGUCGACGGGAAGAGGACUCUAGACGGGAAGGGUGGGGAUCCUGGACAGUUCUGUUGGACGAUACAUUGAAUUUGAUUUGAAAUUUUGUUAAUUUGUCAGUCUUUACUGAGGUUAUUUUAUGUUAUAUAUUAUUUGUUCUACAACUGGCAGUUGUUUAGAAGUAGCAAAUCUAGGAUUUUUUUGUGACAGAACUUAAAUUAACAGUGACACUAUUGCGAUUUAUCGAAAAAGACUGUAAAAUAGUUGGUCGUGUAGCGUGCGGUAGAUAUCGGUCAAAAAUCGAGGGAAAUAAUGGAA